AUGGCUAUGUUUAAUUUGGCUGGCGAAGUCCCAAGGAUGGACUGGAAUUCCGAAGACUUGGAAACGGAAUGGAAAACAUUCAAGCAACACGUGGAGUUCAUGUUGACUGGACCACUAAAAGGUAAAAGCGAACUUGAAAAAUGUAGUUACCUGAUGAUAUGGGUUGGAGAGAAAGGUCGAAGUAUCUAUUCAACGUGGAACCUAUCAGAUGAUGAUGCAAAAAAGUUAACCUCGUACUACACAAACUUUGAGGCAUAUGUAAAGCCCAGGUCAAACGUAAUAUAUAACAGAUAUAAAUUUCAAACAAGAAUGCAAGGCAAUGACGAGCCCUUUGAACAAUUUAUGACAGAUAUACAGAUUAAAGUGAAAGACUGUCAAUAUACCAAUGAAAUGCGAGAAGAAAUGGUGAGAGAUAGAAUUGUGAUAGGAAUCAGAAACCCCAAAAUUCGCGAGAAAUUGAUCAACAUAGGAUCUGAUUUGACAUUAGCCAAGGCUAUAGAUGUUGUGAGAACAUACCAAGUAUCACACAAUCAAGCUAAAACUAUGUCGUGUGUUAGCUCUACAACUGAAGUCAACGCCAUACAAGGAAAGAACUUUGGAAGUAAACAAAAUAAAAGAGGCAAUACAACACAUGUUCAGCCCUCGCGUAAAAACACUCGCACACCUUCAGAGCAAGAGUCGAAAUGUUCAAGAUGUGGUUAUGUCAUGAGGUCGACCCCACAUAAAUGCCCAGCAAAAGGAAAAACGUGCAACAAGUGUAAAGGGAAAGAUCAUUUCUCUAGUAUGUGUAGAACUAAAUUGAAAAAAGUACACGCUGUCGAGGAAGCCGCAGUCUAUUAUGACACGGACAACAGUGAGGCAUCAUCAGACGAACUCUUUGUCGGACACAUUGAAAUAAACAAUGUAACUUCAGACGAUUGGUCAGAAAAUAUGGAUGUGUGUGGACAGAAUAUCACAUUCCAAUUAGACAUAGGUGCACAGUGCAACAUAAUUCCGUACAACUUUGUCAACAAGAUAUCAAAAACCUGUGAAGUGAAACAACCACAAUCUACAUUGAGGUCAUACUCAGGACAUCAGAUAAAAUCUGAAGGUAAAAUAACAUUACCAUGCACAGUGAAUGAUAAAAUUUAUCAUCAGACAUUUGAGGUUGUCCGAGGAAAUAUUAAAGCUAUAUUGGGAGCUCAAACCUGCUCAAAGAUGGGAUUAGUACAGAGAAAACAACCGUCGCAGGUGAAUGAAAUCAGGGAAACGUCUAUCCCAGAUGAUAUUAAGCAUGAUUAUGGAGAUAUAUUCAAAGGUUUAGGGUGUAUGCCAGGCACUCACACAAUCAAGACCGAUAGUACCGUUACACCAGUUGUUGACGCGCCACGUAAAGUUCCGUUUGCACUCAAGGACAGAAUAAAAAAGGAGUUGGACCGUAUGGAACAGGAAGGUGUAAUCGUGAAACAGGAAGACCCUACACAAUGGGUUAAUUCUAUGGUGACUGUAGUAAAACCUAACGGAAAGAUACGGAUUUGUAUAGACCCAAAGAACUUAAACAGCGCCAUAUUGAGAGAACAUUUUCCGAUGAAAACUGUAGAGGAUGUUAUCGCGAACAUACCUCAAGCCAAAGUGUUCACAAAACUCGAUGCUACUUCUGGUUUUUGGCAACUGAAACUUGAUGAGGAGAGUAGUAAACUUUGCACUUUCAACAGCCCAUUUGGGAGCCUCUGUGAUGCAAUCGUCGAUGAUGUGUUGAUAUGGGGUGAAAACAUUGAACAACAUGAUGAACCUUUGAAAAAAGUUCUUGACCGAGUACGAGAAUACAAUUUGAAAUUGAGCCCAGAUAAGUGCCGAUUCCGUCAAACCGAGCUAAGUUACGUCGGACAUAAACUGACAGAUCGAGGUGUAAAACCAGAUGACGAGAAAGUCCGGGCGGUCAAAGAAAUGUGUCAACCUGAAAACAAGAAAGAACUUCAAACAUUCCUAGGAUUUGUUACAUAUCUUGGUAAAUUCCUACCUAACCUCUCGGAGGAAAGUUCACCACUUCGGAAACUACUAGUAAAAGACACCGAGUGGAUUUGGGAAAAGGAACAAGAGGAUAGUUUCCAGAGAUUGAAACAACUUGUGACUGAAGCACCAGUUCUCCGAUACUAUGAUCCAUGUAAAGAGAUAACGCUAACUGUUGAUGCUAGUUCUACAGGACUUGGAGCAGCAUUGAUCCAAGAUGGACAGCCGAUUGCCUAUGCCUCGCGUGCGUUAACAGAAACACAACAGAGUUACGCGCAAAUAGAAAAAGAAACAUUGGCAAUAGUAUUUGGAUGUACAAAAUAUCACCAAUUUAUAUUUGGUCGAGAGGUCACAAUCGAAUCGGAUCACAAACCGUUACAAGCGAUAUUCCGAAAACCACUCAACCGUGCUCCACCAAGACUACAGAGACUGUUGUUGACAUUACAGAAAUGUACUCUGAAUGUUGUGUAUAAGCCAGGGAAGACCAUGUAUCUUGCCGAUGCAUUGAGUCGGAGCUACCUAAAGGAGACCAGAGAGAACCUUGUUCCAGAUAUUGAUAUUGAAGUAAACCAGAUUGUGUCAUACUUACCAAUUUCACCAGAGAAAUAUCAAGAGUUCAAACGCGAGACCUCAAAAGAUGAAGCAUUGUCACAGCUCAGAGAAAUUAUCAUCAAUGGAUGGCCAGAGAACAAACAUGAAAUACCAGAGACAGCUCAUCAUUAUUGGCCAUUCAGAGACGAGCUAUCAUGUAUAGAUGGCCUACUGUUCAAGAGCCAUACUAUCAUUGUUCUCAAAACAUUACGUCGUGAAAUGCUCAAAACAAUCCAUAGUUCACACCUUGGAAUCGUAAAAUGCAAAUCGCGGGCACGCGAACUACUGUACUGGCCGGGGAUGAGUUCUGAAAUAGAGGACACAGUGUCAAAAUGUUCAACAUGUGCCACUAACUCUAGAAAAAAUCCAAAGGAGCCAUUAUUAAUGACGGAAAAUCCGAACAGGCCAUGGUCUGUUAUUUCCGCUGACAUAUUUGAAUUUCAAGGACAUAACUAUUUGGUCACGAUUGACCAUUAUUCAAAGUGGCCGGAGUUGUCCAAAUUAGACAAUAUGAGUAGCAAGAACACUAUGUUAUAUCUCAAAAGCCAAAUGUCGAGAUAUGGCAUCCCUGACAAGCUCAUUACAGACAACGGUCCACAGUUUGCUAAUGAGGAGUUCAAGAAAUUCUCAAAGACAUAUGGAUUCGAACAUACAACAUCAAGUCCCAGAUAUCCGCAGGCGAACGGACAAGCUGAAAGAACUGUGCAGACAGUGAAAAACAUAUUUAAAAAAUCUGAGGAUCCAUAUAAAGGCUUGUUAGCUUAUAGAAACACAGUCAUUGAAGAUCUAGGACUUUCACCAGCUCAAAUGUUUUUUGGUCGAAGAUUAAAAACAGAUAUAUCAACAACAGCUCCACUGUUGUCACCUGAUAAAAUUCCAACAUCUGAUAUCAAGAUGAGACUGAAAAUCAGAAAGGAAAAAGCCAAAAUGUACUAUGAUCAGCAUGCAGGUAAAGAAUUACCUCCCUUGGACAACGGUGAAACUGUCAUGUUUCAGAAGAAUGAAAAAUGGAUACCGGCCAAAGUUGUUGCGAAACAUUCAAAUCCAAGAUCUUACAUUGUCGAAACUAGAAAAGGAAAGAAAUGCAGGAGGAACCGAAAGGAUAUCAAACCAAGACGUGCGUCGUUUCCUGAAAACAAUGAAACCGUGUCGCGAUCGGUCAACAUACCUGUAGAUAGAGUUCCCAGGAAGGAAAAGUCUAAAGAUUAUGUAAAAGAACCAAUAGCAACAAGAUUUGGCCGCAGUGUAAAAUUACCAAAGAAAUUCCAGUAA